UGGCGUUCGCAACUGGCAACGUUCCCGCACUGAAGCUCAGUCAACGUGUAGCCAGCAAAAGUUAAACAAACAGCUUUAAAAAAAAAAAACAAAAACACGAGAAGCAAAUCAUAUUGAAUUCAACAAAAUGGCGAAUCGGGAGCUGGAAUUAAAUUCCGGAAUGCGCUGCGCCAAAUAUAUGCUCAUCAUAGUGAGCUUUAUGUUUGCGCUGACAGCUAUAUUGCUGAUCAUGGUUGGCACAACCAUUCAGGCAAUUUUUGGCGACUUUAGUCUCUUUAUCGAUGGACACUUCUCGUCGCCUCCCGCCCUCUUGAUUGCCAUUGGUUUCAUCCUUAUUGCCGUGGCCACCCUCGGUGCCUAUGGAGCGGUCAAAGAGAGCGUUAUGGUCAUCAACCUGUAUGGUGUUUGCCUGUUCCUCGUCUUCAUACUGGAAGUGUCGGCGGCAAUUGCCGCUUUUGUCAUGCAAUCGCAGGUUAAGGAAAUGCUUUGGCGCACCAUGACCGAGGCAUUAUCCAUAUACGAAAAGGACGCCAAUGUGGCUGUCGGAGUGGACUUUAUGCAAUCUGGAUUGGGCUGCUGCGGCGUUAUCAGUCCUGAUGACUGGAAGCAAUACUAUUCGCCCAACAAGAACAUGAGCCAUCUGGAUUCGGAUAAUGUGGUGGUGCCAAUUUCAUGCUGCGGCAGCCUCGCCGAGGAUCCCAACGACAACAACGAGGUGAACUGCUUGGAGCCCUACGAAUAUGGCUGCUUCAACAAGAUGAAUUUCAUCAUGUCGCAGAGCACAAUGCUGAUUGCCACGGGCGCAACAACUGUCGCCUUCGUCCAGCUGCUGGGCGUGCUCUGUGCCUUUAUGCUGGCCAAGACAUUGCGUCGCAACAAGUCGAUACGCGAGGCACGCCGCUGGCAGCUGCAGCAAAGCCUGGGCGUCCUCAUUUCCGGUGGCAAGGUGGGACUGCCAGCCAAUUCGGCAAUGAGCGGCUAUCAGCAGCUGGAGAAUAGCAACGAUCUGGGCACCCACGAACCCUACACUUACACACCCCAGAGUCCCAGCGUCAACUGAGGCAACAGCAAGCAAUUAUAUUAAUAAAAAUAACAACACUUAAAUAAUAAUGUAAAAAAAUAU